UAGGCGAACACUGGGAUCCUCAUUUCGCGAUGAAUCGAGCACACUCUCAAGGUUCGAUUAUGUCGCAUACUCAACCUCUUAGUCGACCCGGUACAGCAGACCCACUACGCUCUCGCUCAAAUACUGCCAUAUCGAGAGCCCACCGUCGUCCUCGAUCAAGAGGCUCUACUGCUAGCAUCCAUUCAAGCACAACACAACAGACCCAGGAUCAACAUAUGGGCGAUGGAUUUUCUCCCUUUAUGCCCUCUCAGCAAGCACCACCCCAUGGUGUGUUCAACCCGAAUCCCGAGGAAAUAAUGAUGCGGUUCAAUCAACAAAUGGCCCAUUCAAACAGCCAGGGUUCUUUGGAUGUCUCGAUGCAUGAAGCCCACGGAGCUGUCAUGCCACGACCCGAGGAUUUUCACGGGAUCCCAAACUCGAUGCCUGAAAUGGUUCAUGCUCAUGGGAUGCCGAGUAUACCUGUCAGCCAUUACGGACACAUUUACGACCCGAACGGAAUGGACUCUCAGACGCCGGACCGCGCGGGUGAUGACAAUGAUAAUUCUGAGGCCGGCGGGCGAAGGAAACGUGGUUCUAGCUCUACCAUUGCUAAUGAUAACGAAUUGAGAAAACUGUUACGUCAAUACGAAGGUUACACGCUCAAGCAGAUGGCUACCGAAGUCCAGAAGCAUGAAGGCGCAGGCGGCAGAUCUGAAAAGGUGAAACAGGUUUUUGCCAUGGUGUGGUUGAAGGAGAAUUGUCGGAAAAGCAGCGGCUCUGUUCGUCGGGAUCGUGUAUAUUGUUGUUAUGCAGAGAGAUGUGGAAGCGAACACGUAUCUGUUCUCAAUCCGGCUUCCUUCGGCAAACUCGUGCGAAUCAUCUUUCCAAAUGUACAGACUCGUCGCCUUGGUGUGAGGGGCGAAUCGAAGUAUCACUAUGUUGAUCUCACCGUCAUUGAGGAAAAACACCAACAAUCGAUCGGUCAAAGCUCACAAGAUCAAAAUACUGCGAACGAAUCAAUUAAUACAGAUGGAAGAGGGUUGAACUCGUCUAUACGAGCUCGCAGUAUCAGCAUAUCGCAACCGCCAGUCGAUACAGCUGUGUUUCCUUCACCUACCACUUCUUUCGCACCAAAGUUUCCACUUACUCCGAGCGUCAAUGGAUGCGGUUGUGAAUCUCAGACACGGUCUAAAAUCGACCAGACUAUUACAUUGGAAAACAUAGCAACACAAAGUGGAAGAAUGAUACGCCAAAUGCUCACAUUUCCAGACUCGACUUCAACACAUGUCGAUAAUGACUCUCUCAAAAUACCCGACAUCUCUCCCUUUCUUCCUACAAAUACAGAUACGAAAGUUGCCGAUGCCUUAGCAGCUCUAUACAGGACCCAUUGUAUCUCCGUUAUUGACAGCUUCCGGUUUUGCAAAGAAAGAAACCUGUUUCGACACUUUUCCGCGUUUCAUGGGACGUUGACGGUUCCCGUACAGAAACUUCUCAUUCACCCAAACCUUGCACCCUGGAUCAAGGAGUGCGACUGGCUCAUGUACCAAAAAAUGAUCGAGUUCGUUGCGCCUUUGACUACUCAGGUAGUACCACAGCCGGUUCUUGAUUCCUUCGGCUCUAUCUCUCGACGUCUCACAGGACACAUCUCCGAGACGUUCAAGACUCAUCCUGUCCAUGUGUCAUUGUCGAGAUUGGCACCCGCGCACCUUUUCUGCAACCUGCUUAAGCAUAUGCUUGAUGUCAACCAAGCUGCCAAUGCUGCUGCAGCGUGGCUUUGCCAUCCAGAUAACCGCAACCAAAUGUGGCUUGAUUUUGCUACGUUUGUCGAUCCAAAAGAAAUGAUAAUCAAAGCUCACAUUCCCGCUUGUUCAGAGAAAGCAACCGAACAAAUAUUGAAAAAUGACGUCCGUGCUCUUCUGACUCCGUUGGAUAACCCGACAUCACCUACCGUUUUGUCCUUCUAUCAGCAAACAGGGGACGAUCUGCAGGACCAGAAGAGCACUGUGGAGUCCUCGACUGGAGGUGAAUACAACUUCCCGGAUAAAUGGAUUUCUUUCAUACUCAGUCUCCCAUCACUUUUCCCCAACCACCCAGCACAGUGCAUAGUCGAUAAGGUCGACAGGUUAUGGGACUGUGUCUUGCACCGCUUAACGCUUGCUGGUGCCCCUAGCUUCAGUGCAUGGUGGAUGACCAAAGUGUUUUUCCAUGAGAUGUUAUUAUGGCAAGUGGAAAAAGGCGGUUUUAUGAAGCAUACACCUAGUUCUAUGCAGAGUUCCUCGGCACCAUCACAACUGGAAAACUCGCAGGCACGCAUCUCUAGACAAGGAAGUAUUGCCGUCCCAGCCAAGAACGAGUCUUUUGUCGCUAAUGACAAUCCCUCCAUGGAGUCCGGGACUAUGAUGAGCACCGCACAUUGUCAGCAUUCUAUGGAGAAAACAACAAAUCCUGGCAACAACAGAUCAACGAAUGACAAGAACUCGGGUUUACUUUCUGAAAGCUAUUCAGGUCCCCAGGUACCUAACCACGACGAUAGUGGUAUCGGUCUUGAUGAUGAUUCUAUGCUCAUGUCCGUUGGCAAAUACGAUAUUAUGACAGAUACAACAGAUGCGGAAGGCGAUGUGGUUGUUGUCGCCUGAAUGACCAUGUGUUUCGAAUAUUUGAGUCAAUUCACUGUCCCAUUUUCUUCUCUAAUUGGGUGGUAUUCGUCUUGCAUUGAUUACCUUUAUGUGGUUAUUCCUUUCAAACUAAAGGGAGAUACAGUAAUUGGGGUGGUUCUGGCUUCUUUUGCUAUUUUACUUCUUGCUUCCCUCGGGACCUUUUUUGAUACUGCCUUCGUCCUUUUUCAUUCUUCUUUUCUACUGUUUUGUCUUGGGAGCCUUUGGCGAAUUGGAUCAUUAAACACAUUAUCCCCCCUUUUUCUUUCUUUGUCUUUUCGACUACAUUUCUUGUCUUUGAUUACCAUAUCA